GUAAACACAGCCAUAGACUUGCAUGUUUUUUCAAAAAGGAACGACAGCUUUUUGGAAAUGUUUGGAAAGUGUUGGGAAAAUUCCUUAUCAACGUUUUGUUGUAAUAAGGUUAAUUGAGACGGAAUCAGCCUUUUCAUAACGAUCUGCCAUCUGAUUGGUCCUCACCAAUUAGGCCUAAUUCAUUGCCCUGUUGUUGAUUUUACUUGCGUGUUAGCCUCUAUGCGCAUGUGCGCAGAAGCAUCAAUCUGGCGAUGUCUUCCGAACAGAAGAGAAACAUAGUUGUGUUUUUAUGUGUAAUAACUGUAGCUAUUUCUAACUUGAUGUUCUGUGGUGCGUUCAGUGUAGAUAAGUUGAAUGUUCUCAAUGGUUUUAAUGCGGAUCAUGAAAACGCGUCAAAUGCUGACAGAGAACCGACGAUCAACACAAAAGAAGACGCCAAGCACAAACCUUACCUGGGCGGACUGGCCAUUCUUCGGCCCACUGUUAAUAAUUCCAGCAUUCAAGAACAGAGUGCAGAGUCCAUUGACGUUCCUGAGAACCCCAUAAAUAAUUUGAGUCAACCCAACAUUGAUCUAAAGUCAACUGAUUUGCGGGCGCCUUUGAAUGUGCGUAAUGGUUUCAAUGUCCAGAAAAGAUCUCUGGAUUACAAUGCUGGACAUCAGGCAGUCUUCAAAGGUUUUGAAGGCCCUGGUUUUCAAGGGAAGGUCUAUGGUCCAUCAGCUGACCACAACCCCCACUCCAGUGAAUGGCUGUCGAUGAGGCCUCUGGUCCAGUGUAAUGACAAUCUCAUGAUGCUCACUGCAUCUGGACGAGGAUACACACAUCUACUGGUGGAUAGAGCGGGCACUUCUCCCAUCUCCCUGUUCCAGCUGCCGCCGUCCUGUGGCUACCAUGUGAAGACUACCUGGAGAGAGAUGGUGAUGACGGCACCAUACGAUGGAUGCUACAUCAUGCAGGAGCAUGGUAGUUAUGUCCUGCCCAUGCUGUGGUGGGGCAGCCCUGUGAAGAUCAUCUGCCCAGUCCCCCACCCUGACACCCGACCCCACCCUGUCCCCCCAAACUCUGUCCCCUCAGUACUCUGCUCCCACUUUGGCAUGGCCAUCCAGAUACAUGGAGGGGAGGAGGUCAUACACACAUUACAGGUCAUAGAGAACGGCGAGUGGGUGCCGUUUGUGUCUGAAGAGUGUGCCUACCAUGUGGAGUCCCACUCAGAAGACCUCAUCUUUUAUGUUCCCUUUACAGCCCCAUGUGUGACCAUCAGAAAUGGAGUUCAUCGACUGGUCCUAUUGGACGGCCAGGACUUCAUCCUCUCCUGCCCCUCAUACCCCCCUCCAUUUCCUUUCUUUCCCUCUCCUCCAUUUUCUCAACCCUUCUCUCCUGGUGACCCACAGCAGCAGAUACCUGACCCUGUGACUUUUGCUCCCUCCACCAGCCCUCCCCUUACCUCUCCUCCCAUCACCCCUUAUACUCAACCCCCAGCCCAGGAACAGAUGCCCCAACUUCCUGCGUUCCCCCACCACCUCCCUCAUGGCAUGUAUCCCCAAAUUCCCCAUUCCCCUUACGGUGGAGCUGGUUAUCACCCUCUCCUCCACCCUGGUCACGAUCCAUACCCUGGCUCCCAUCAGCUUCUCCCAGGGAGAUACCCAGGCCAGCAGCCCUUCUUCCCCAUGGGGCCUGGGAAUCACCCCUAUGGCUCUGGAGACCACCGUGACUCCUUUUACCUGCCCCCGCCCCCUACCCACAAUCCCAUGCUCAACUAUUAUAAUGAUAUCACCCCUGGUGUCCACCGUCCUUCUGUUGUCGAUCCUACUCCUCUUAUAGCUAUCCGACCACCGCCUCCCGCCGCUUAUACCAAACCACCGCCUCCCGCCGCUUAUACCAAACCACCGCCUCCCGCCGCUUAUACCAAACCUUCUCGUCUUCCCGCCGCUUAUACCGAACCUCCUCGUCUUCCCGCCGCUUAUACCGAACCUUCUCGUCUUCCCGCCGCUUAUACCGAACCUUCUCCUCUUCCCGCCGCUUAUACCCAACCUUCUCCUCUUCCCGCCGCUUAUACCCAACCUUCUCCUCUUCCCGCCGCUUAUACCAAACCUUCUCCUCCUCCCGCCGCUUAUACCAAACCUUCUCCUCCUCCCGCCGCUUAUACCAAACCUUCUCCUCCUCCACCCGCCGCUUAUACCAAACCUUCUCCUCCACCUCUUGAUACUGAACCUGUUCUUCCUGUAACAACAACUGCCAUUGAACGUCAUUCUUACCCCAUUGUUACCGGAUCUCCUCCUCCCCCUUCUGGAUCCAAACCUUCAUCACCCGUUUUCCAACCUCCAAAACCACCUGCAGAUCCAAAUGACCCAUAUGGGGUCCACAUGACCAUCAAUCAGGCCCUGAUUACCGAAGAGCCCAUGUCUGCUACCUGGAGCCCCAAUCCUGAUCCCAAUACCCAACCUAAAUGGCCUGUGGGUCCAUACUAUUACCCCUAUGGUCCUUACUACCCCCCAUCUGGUCCUCACCAUUACCCCUUCAUACCCAUCUACUACCCCUUGCCUAGCCCAGUCACGGCUAGUCCUCCCCAGACUCUCCCUUCAGGUACUCUUGACCCUACAAUGCCCACGGUCUACCCUCCCCACCUCUACCCUCAGCCAGUCACCUGCACUCCCUCUGCCCAUACCAUCUGUAGCUAUUACCCAUAUCCCUUGGAUGUGCCACACUACCAGCCACACCACCCAUAUCCUCUCUACCUGACGCCCAGCCCCCCUCUGACCACCCUUGCCCUUCCCUCCACAGGCACAGCUCUGCCUGGUGCUACUCAACCACCCCAGACCUCACCAACCACCGCCUCACCCUCCUCCAGGACCAUAUCUUCCACUACUACUCUCACUUCUUGGAUGUCCAUCCUCACCCCUACUCUCCCCCCUCGGCCCUCCCUCUCUCCUGGGCUCUCCCCUCGGCCCUCCCUCUCUCCUGGGCUCUCCCCUCGGCCCUCCCUCUCUCCUGGGCUCUCCCCUCGGCCCUCCCUCUCUCCUGGGCUCUCCCCUCGGCCCUCCCUCUCUCCUGGGCUCUCCCCUCGGCCCUCCCUCUCUCCUGGGCUCUCCCCUCGGCCCUCCCUCUCUCCUGGGCUCUCCCCUCGGCCCUCCCUCUCUCCUGGGCUCUCCCCUCGGCCAUCCCUCUCUCCUGGGCUCUCCCCUCGGCCCUCCCUCUCUCCUGGGCUCUCCCCUCGGCCCUCCCUCUCUCCUGGGCUCUCCCCUCGGCCCUCUCUCUCUCCUGGGCUCUCCCCUCGGCCCUCCCUCCAUUGUCUAGCAGGACAGAUGAUGGUGUCGCUGCCCUCUGCUCUCCUGGACUCCAUCCAGGUCAAAGAUCAGAUGAAUGGCUGGGUGUCUAUCUCCAGUGCCCCGGCGGCUUGUAGAUACAUCCUGCAGAUGAGUCAGGGUGGUGAAGUGAUCCUCCAUUCCCCUCUCCCUGCCUGCCACAGCCAAGCUAUGGCCCUCAACCCACACCAGCUCUCCCUCCCCCUGAAGUUUUGGGACACAGUCCUGAGGAAAUACAGAACUCUGGAGCUCCAUUGCCCGUCAACUGUGACCCCACCACCCCACACAACUACCACCACCCUCCCACCGACGACCCACACCGGGCCUCCCACUCCCCCCAAGCCACACGUCUUCUGCUCUGCUCGCCACAUGAGGGUGGAGCUUCCCCCAGGUCCCAUAUCUGGAAUCGUUGUCAAGGACAUCGAAGGGAAUGAGAUGAGCCUGAAGGAUGCCCCAAAGCAUUGUGGGUAUGUGGCAAGCAAGGGAAAGGAUGGCAUGAUCACCCUGAACCUCCGCUUCAACUCCUGUCACAUGACUGUCCAGGGUAAAGAGCACCGCAUAGAUGUGAUUUACUCCACGUUGAACGGACAAAAAGGAAAGGCCCAGUUGUCCUGUCCAGUUUCCAUACCAGUUUCUCAUCAAGAGUGUAACCUUCCCAGUGACCAACGCCUCCCCUGCGGCCGCCGCCCUCUAUCCCAGGCAGAGUGUCUCUCUCUGGGCUGCUGCUACAGCACCAAGCCCUCUGCCUGCUACUACUCCAUGGAUGAAUGCACAUUGGACCGCCACUUUGUCUUUACGGUGCCCGCCUCCCUCACGGACCCCCCUCUGUCCCCCGCCUUGCUCACUGCCGCUGGCCACCCCACCUGCGCCCCUCAGAGGGUGACUCCAGACUACGCCCUGUUCAAGAUCCCACUGGGCGGCUGCGGGGCCCACAGAUACGAGGUAGGCCAAACAGUAAUCUACAUGGUGGAGAUCGUCAACACGGUCCAGUCCAUCACCCUCAACUAUGGGACCAUCACCAGAGACUCUCCUAUCAGGCUGCUGGUAGAGUGCCAGUACACUCCUGGCUCUGUGGUGAGUGUUGGCUUCCUGGUCAAGACCCCCUCCCUGGGCCCCUCCAUUCAGGCCCAGGGCGUGUUGGGCGUCCAGCUCAGGAUUGCCACAGACAUGCAGUACAGUAGCUUCUACCCCCAGUACCACCGGCCCCUGCAGAUGCUCUUGGGUAAACCCUUACACCUUGAGGUGCGCCUGCUCAACCCCCCAGAUGACAAAGUGGUCCUGCUGGUCCACUACUGCGUGGCCUACCCCAGAUCAGGACAGACUGUCUGGGUACUCCUCUAUAAUGGAUGUCCUAACCAUCUGGACCCGGCCUCUCAGAAGCCUCCCCCAUCUCCUCCACCCCCACCCUUCCACCAAGGCCAGACACGACGGUUCACCAUCUCCACCUUCCAGUUCCUCACCUCUGGACAGACCCAGACAUUGGAGGACCAUGAAGAGAUCUACUUCAUGUGUUCUACUGAAGUGUGUUCGCCGCUGGACGGCAGCCUGUGUGUGGAGGGAUGCUUUGGCCAGUGACU